AUGAACGAAGAUUAAAUUUGGGAAUAAUUAUAUAUUCAUCUUUCUUAAAUAGAUAAAAAAUUCGAAAAAUACAUACAACAUAUUCAAAACACAUAAAAUAAUUUAAAAAAUGAUAAAAAACCAAAAAAUAAAAAAAAUAAUAAUGAUUCAUCAUCAGAAGAAGACGAAGAAUAAGAUUUAAAUUUAUAAACUGAAGAAGAAGAACAAGAAGAAUAAGAAAAUACAGUAUUAGAAUAAGAAGAAGAAUAAGAUGAAGAAAAAGAAGAAGAAAAAGAAUAAGAAAACAAAGAAGAAUACAGUGAAUAAUUAGAUUUUAAUGAAAUGGAAGCUUUUUUAGAUAAACAAGAAUAAGAAGACAUUCAAGAAGAUUCUGAAGCCGAAGAAGAGCUAGGUAGUGAAUAUGAAUUCGAUGAUAAAGAUUCAUAAAUGGGUGAAGGCGACGAAGGUUUUAAAUUUAAAGGAAAAGACGAUUACGAAGAAGAUGAAGAGGAAAAUAUGAAUAAAGAAGAAGAAAAACUAAGAGAAAAAGAUUAUGAUUUAGAAGACGAAAUAUUCGAUUUAGAAAGAGAAAAUGAAUUAAAUGAAAAAAAUUAAGAAUAAUAAUAAAAUAUGGAAAAUGUCAAAAAUUAAAAUGAAAUAGAUAGAUUAGAAAAAAAACUACUUGGAUAAAAAGAUUGGAUAAUGAAAGGAGAAGUAACAUCCAAAAGUCGACCUAUAAACAGUUUAGUAGAAUAAGAUUUAGACUUUAGAAAAAACACUAAAGUCCAAUAAGAAGUAAAUGAAGAAUAUAACCAAAGUCUAGAAUAAAUAAUUAAACAAAGAAUUUUAGAUGAGGCUUUUGAUGAUAGAAUUAAAGUAGUUUUCGAAAAAAACUUCAAAGAAAAUUUUAAUAAUUUAUAAGAAAUUUCCUAAGAAAAAAGUAAACUUGGACUUUCUGAAUUAUAUUAAUAAGAAUUUAAAAAUAGUCUCAAUUUACCUUCUAGUGGUAAUAAAGAAGAUAAACUAAAACUUGAAAUUUUCAAUUUAUUUAAAGAAGUUUCUUAUAAAUUAGAUGCUUUAUCUAAUCUUAAUUUUACACCAAAACCUUUAAUAUAAGACAGUAAAAUAAAGUCAAACGUUCCUUCAAUAAAAAAAGAAGAAAAAAUUCCAAUAACAAAAAGUUAGUUUGAUACUUAAAAACCUGAAGAUCUUUUCAAAAAAAAAGAGGCGAAACUAGAAAACAAAGAAGAAAUGACACAUGAAGAAAAAAGGAAAGAAAGAAGACAAAGCAAAUAAAUAUAAAGGUGUCGAGUUUACAAAAUCAAGUGA